ACCUCUCCUCUUCUUUUCUCUCCUCUCCUCUCCUCUCUUCCCAGCUCCCCUCCCUCUAACCGCCCACUGUACACACUAUCGCGCUCGCGCGCACACGCACGGGCAGUGGAAGUGGGUGCUCGUGUAGCUGCUGGAAGCCAGGAUGGGAUAAUCAUGCGCGUCUGGCUCCGGGCGUUGAUGCAGUUGCCGAUGCUGGAUAGGGACUGGUCUCGGGGCGCAGGGUGGGUCUAGGUGCAGGCCACGGUGCUGCUUGGACCGCGUCUGGAUGUUUGUCAGGCCAAUCCGAGGAAGACUGUAGGGCGAUGGCCGCGAGAGGUGUUGGUGCUGCAGCUCUUUGAAACGUUCUCGCCUGAUGGAGGACGGGAUGCACCGGCACUGAAGCGCAGAGCGGGGUCUGGAGGAACUUGGGGGGGGGGGGAAGAGGGAAGAGGGCACCGAGGCAUCCCCUUCUUAGAGGAUACAAAAAAAAGAGAGACGCAUUUCAUGAUUUUUCUUCGGGUGAUGUUAAUUUGAACGUUGGAAUAGAGUUGGACGGGGAGGGGGAGAAACGGAGCUAGAGCAGCGGAUUCCUUUCGAAUCGGCAAUUAAGGAGCGGACAGCCUCUGUGGAGCCGCAUCCGUCCGACCGACCGGGGUGGUGGUGGUGGGGGACCUUACUUGGAUGGAGAGAGGGUGCAAGGAAGGCUGAGAGAGAACGGCUCGCCGUGUGUAGGAGGAGGAGGAGACGGAGGGAAAACCGGGCAGUUUGAAGGGACGGGGAGCCAGGAGCGGCGCGGCGGCUCCAUGAGCGGCUCCUGCCGGGAGAGAGCGCCCACAGCCCAGCCGGAGCGUCUCCACUGCCGCGGGUAGAAGCCCGGGCUCCAAGACGGCGGUCAGUUUUGGAAGUUUUGAUGCAUAUGAUCACAACCACCAUGAUUUUUAUGAUUCUUGGUGCUUCAGUUGUAAUGGCGAUAGCCUGUUUAAUGGACAUGAACGCACUACUGGACCGCUUUCACAACUACAUCCUACCGCAUCUACGAGGGGAGGACCGCGUCUGUCACUGCAACUGUGGAAGGCAUCAUGUUCACUACGUAAUCCCGUACGAUGGGGACCACUCCUUAGUGGACUCUUCAGAGAACUACUUUGUGAGUGACAGUGUGACCAAGCAGGAGAUGGACUUGAUGUUGGGUCUGCUGUUGGGUUUCUGCAUCAGCUGGCUGCUGCUGUGGCUUGACGGAGUCCUGCACUGCGCCGUCAGGGCCUGGAGGGCGAGCCGGUACUACGAUACUCCAUCCUGGUCGUGGUUACCGCAGUUCUGCAACCUCCGAGACCUCCGUCGCCGAGCCCAGCUAAGACAGCUGGAGGACUCCAGCGGCAACAUGGUCCACAUCAAGCAGAAGCUCUACCACAAUGGCCACCCCAGUCCUCGACACCUCUGACUCUAAAAAUCAUAAAGAGAGAGAGAGAGAGAAAACAUAAAUAAGAAUGAAAAUGCAGAUCUUCCCCUUGAAUCUCGUACAUUAUAAAACACAUCCACUCGUUCUCGCCAAAACUUUCCCCACGGCCAAACUUUGCCUCAGAGACCUGUAAAACUGCCCCCCCUCCCCCACCCCUCUCUGUUCAUGAUGUGGUCCUCUUUCAGAACCUUCCAACUGGACUUUCUUUUGACCCUGAACCUUUCUCUGUCAGCACUAAAAAAAAAUUUUUUUUAAAUCCCAAAAUGGAAUGAGAUUUCACUCUCUUCCCACUAAAAACCUGGUCUUAAGUCUGUGUCCUCUACCGUGGGAGGAAGAAAACAUUUUUAAGGGUGAUCUUUUUUUUCUGUAUAAAGACAUUUUCUGUGUUUAUUGUUAAACUUGGCAUGCUCUUUUAGAACAGGGUGGGAAGAGUAUGGAAUGAGGAGGUGAGACUGGGUUUUCUUUUUGUUUUCCUCUAUCAGAUGGGGCUUUAUUGGUUAUGACAGGCAGGUUUGUGGUUUGUUUUGUGAUGGUUAGACUGCUGCUUCUGUAAAUAGGUAAAAAUACAGAAUUUAACAGGCCAGUGGGGGGGCUUUUUGUGUGAGUUGUUCAUUGGUAGAAAACUUGGACACUUGGACUGCGUGAGUGAACGUUAGAGGAAGAAGGAACUGGAAAUUGGAUGUGAAACAAUGUGAUUUCUGCUAAAAACACAGAUUAAUUAGCUUUGUUACUUAGUGAAUUAACUGAAUGUAUUAAUUUCCCCCCCCCCUGUAAAUAACGUGAGAGGGACGGAGGCUAUGUGCAGCUGCGGUCAGAUUUUCCUCUGCUAAUUUGUCAUUGUUCAGUUGACACACGAGAAGAGAUAGACGCCAGCUGACACGUCCGCAGCACUUUGGAAGAAAUAUUCGCUCCCCUUCAAUUUUUACACAUUCUCCCACGUUACCACCACAAACGUCAGCGUCUUUUACUGGGAUUUUAAAUGAUAGACCAACACGAAGCGGUGCUGGAAGUGUUUGCAAAAUGAAAAUUACACCUGAUUUGCAUUUUGUUUGUUCAUUUUUCCUCCUUGGGGGGCUAUUAAACAUAGAUAGUCUUUUAAGAAUUGUGAAUAGUAAAACGUAGAUGACCUGCCGUUGCAAUAAAGGUCAUAGUGUUCCCUUUUGAACUAAUUGUUAUCGGCUUUGCACUGCUAGACACUGAAUUUUAUUCACCUGAAAUUGUUCUUUACAAAAUAAUUCAACCACCAUGACGUUUUAUGAGAGCAUUAAACAUAAGUUUUCAAGUACCGCCAUAGAUUUUUAAUUUGGGCUUUGACUGGGUCAUUUUAGUACACGAAGAUGCCGUUAACGUAAACCAUUAACUUUCAUCACUUCUACGUCUUUAGCUGCCCCCAACAAUUUUUCCGUCUGGAUUAUUCAGCUCUGUUCAUUCAUCUGCAUGCUGCGUCUCCGGAGCCGCCGGUGGCUCUUUAUAACUCGGCUUAAAACAGUGCAGAGUCAACAAACUUUUAAAAAUACAGACAAAACAAGUGCAGAUUUGAGCAGUUUAUUUUUAGCGCUGAAUAAAUCCCACAAGUGUCAAAAAUACUUGUUUUUUUUCUCGUCAUUACCUUGGAAACAAAGUGCUUUUUUUGUUUAAAUAAUAUUCCCCAAAGAUCAACAUCUCAUGGUAGAAAGUCUGUCAACCUUCCCUUUGUAAAAAGUUCAUGUUUUUUCUUAGCUUUACAACCUAAAACAGAAUAAAAUGGUAUUAAGAAAUACCACAAAUUUCCUAUUCUAGAUAUUUAUUGAAAGACUUUAAGUAGUUCUUUCACUGAGGUUUAUCUAAAUUUACUGGAUUUUGGGCAAAAAAUGGUUUUUUGGUUUGUACAGUUGCAGAUCCCUACGACGGCACAUUAGGGCCGCUGUAGAUAGAAAAGCUAAACUUCCGCCAAAAAACUCAGAGAUUUUUUACAUGAUCUAGAAAAAAAACUGAAAAUUUCUGAACUCCAAGAGUUGAAAAUUUCCAAGAAAAAAAAGAAAUCUGAAAUUUUGAGAUUAAUUUUCCUAGACAAAACUUGGGAACAUUUUUGACUUUUGGAAAUUGUGUGAGUUUUAAAAGUCAAAGAUGUUCGACUUGAAAUUAUUUUCUCUCCCUUUCACGACGAUUUUCUGCUUUAUUUUGGUCUAUGACACAGAAUCCCAGAAAGUAAAGUGAAUCCAUGUGAGCUGAGAUUAUGUGAUAGAGUUCAAGUUCAUCCUUUUGCAAGAAAACUCAGAGUUUUUUGGGGUUUUUUUGUAGAGUCAUAUCCAUGUUCUUUGAGUUCUCAUUAUCCAACCUUCUCACUCACCCAGAGCAACCAGCCUAUCAGCAGAGGAAACCCUCACCCAGCCCCUCUCUGUCCAGACAUUGCUGUUGUGAGAAUGAAAUGUCUGUUUUAUUAAAAGUGCCAUUGAAGCACAACAGUGA